CAAUGCUUUUCCUUGGUGGUUUCAUAGGCAGCCUUUUGUAAUUCAUUUUUACGGCAAAUGUGACUUUUUAAUGGGUAUGCACGAUAAAGGUGGCAAGGACUUGGUGUGUUUCCUUCUUUGGCAAGACAAAGGGUCAAGAGCGUCUUUGGGAUAAAAACUAUUUGAAGAAUAAGUGACUAAAAGCAAGAAAUACAAAUUAUGGAAAUUAACAUAUCUGAAGAUAGAACCCUGGGCUCCCACUUCAAGUCUACAAACUGCUGUACACCAGCCACUGACCGUGUUGAGGAUGACUUACUAGAUCGUUUGGAAGAUAGCACAAAACUAGUGGGUGUUCAAGUGAUAUUGAUUUUGGCUUACAGCACCAUUAUCGUCUUUGGUGUGACUGGGAACUCCUUGGUCAUAUAUGUGGUGUACAACUUUAAAAACUUACACACUGUUACUAACUAUUUCAUCACCAACUUGGCUGUGGCCGACUUGUUGGUCAACACAUUGUGUUUGCCUUUUACUUUGAUGUAUACACUGUAUGGAGAGUGGAAAUUUGGACAGGUAAUGUGCUACCUGCUGCCAUAUGCACAAGGCUUAGCUGUGCAUGUUUCGACCAUCACACUCAACGUUAUAGCGCUUGACAGGUAUCGUAGCAUCGUCCAUCACAUGGAAACCAAGAUGUCCAAGGACAUGUGCGUAGUCGUCAUUGUGGUCACAUGGGUUGCCAGCGCAAUCCUUGCCAGCCCUCUAGCGAUUUUUCGUGAAUAUGUAACCUUUAACCUAACACCUGAGCAGUCGAUUCAGGGUUGUGCCGAAAAGUGGCCUGGAAGCAGCGCGAAUGGAACCAUUUACAGCAUUGCAAUGUUUUUUCUGCAGUACGGCCUCCCAUUAUGUAUCAUUUCAUUUGCGUACACUCGGAUCUGGAACAAGCUUCGAAAUCACAUUAGCCCUGGCGGUGGCCGUAGCGACCGACAUCAACGGCGACAGAAAACAACAAAAAUGCUGGUGGCUGUGGUUGUGGUCUUUACUGUCAGCUGGCUGCCCUUUCAUGCCUUCCAGCUGGCUGUGGAUAUUGAUAGCAGUGUAUUAGAAAUGAGAGACUUCAAAUUGCUCUAUACAGCUUUUCAUAUUGUUGCAAUGUGCUCCACCUUUGCCAACCCUAUUCUCUAUGGCUGGAUGAACAGGAACUAUAGAGGAUCGUUUUUGGCUGUGUUCAAGUGUGCCAGGUUAAAUAACAGAAUGAGAAGGGUUUGUAGCAGUGAUGCAGUGAGGAAAAAAUUUAGGGCACGAGAUAAGCAAAAUUCAAUCAGUGUUACCUUUACGCAGGUAAACACACUGUAAUGGCCAUUUGCUUUUAGAAACUUCAGAAAUAAUUAA